AGCAAUUUUUAUCAAACACAUUUUUGAACUUAAUUUUUUUUAUACCCACUUUUUAUAAAAUGAGCUUAGUACCAAACCAGUAGGUUUGCAUAUUUCAGCUUUUUUACGAAGCUGCCAUUGGUUCGAAUAACGGGAAUGCCCGUUUAGGGUUAACAUUGCACGGUUGGGGGCAAAAGUUGGGUGGGCAUUGUUGUCAGUUUGGGUUUGGGACAAGUUAGGAUUGUAUUCGGUGGGAUCGACCGCUCAGUGUGGGAUUUGGUGAGGGGAAGGCAUGCGGCUUACAGAGAGGAGGAGAGAUAGAGGGGGAGGGAGAGAGCGUUCUGCAGCACGCUAGCAGUUUUCGUUCAGAUCCAGGGAUGUCUUAUCUGGUCACUUCUCUCUAUGGUGGUCCCUUAGAGUUUACGUUUAUCGUGCAAAGCACAGAAGACCCUGCUUAUCGGGCUGUAUCUAUGCUACUGUCAGAGCUUAAGGACGAGGUUGAUGUUAAGAUUGUUGUGGCUGGUAUUUCAACAAUCUGCAGUCAGAAAAUUCACAACCAAUUGCAAAAAACCUUGCGGCGAGCAAACUGGCACAACCAAUUCUGCCAGAAUUGCUGGAGAAUUCCACAACCAAGGUCAUUGAGUACGGCCAGAAGCAUGUUGAGGGUCGAGACGGCGAUAGCACCGAUGUUGGCAAGAGCGGCGACCCCUUUUCAAGAAAAGCCAAAGACAUUCUCGACGAUGAUGAUAAUGGAGUUCAGGAUUAUGAUUCACCCCGAACAACAAGGACGGAUAUGCUGUCUAUGCCAACAAGGGGGUAAGGCUAUGUUGGAGCAAAAACUGUGCAGGCAAAGACAUAAGAGUGAUGGGUUUUGGAAUGAAAUGCAAAGAGAGCUCAGCAUGAGGGUGCUGUUGGUUUGCCUUGCCUGGAAGUGUUGCAGUGCGGGGUUGUUCAAGAAAAAAGGUUUUAAAGAUCCUUUGCAGAUGCAGGAUCUUCUGCUAAGAUUGUGUGAGCCGUUGCUUCAGCCAAAACAGGUGCUCUCUCCAUUUUUCAUCUCUUCCAUACUCAAACCCUAGCCGCUCCACCUCUCUCUCCCAUACAUAAGCAAACUCCAUCUGAAAGCCGAAGAAUCCAAAGGAACAACAGGGAUUGUAGACUACACAAACUUAGAAGAUAUGAAGUACGUGCUGAGUCCUUUUACUUUAUCACUCCAGAGUCCAGACAUUCAUAUUUUCUGUAACCUUCUAUGGAGCAUGGGUACUAGGUUGGUCAAGGACAUGGGGAGAAGAGCACUUUGGAAAUGGUAAGGUGCACAAAUAUGGAAAAAGCACGACAGGGGAAAGCUGGGAUAUUGUUGUGGAUGAGGAGACCUAUUACGAAAUGCACGGGCUAAUUGUGGUUGCAUCCUAGCUAGCUACGAAGGAUCUUUAGUCUUAGCGACAACUUGUACGAAGGACUGUUCCCAGUUCCUGGUGGGGUUGUGAAUAUGACUCUACAGAUGGACUACAGAUGUACUAGCUUCUUAAAUGGCAGUAUGUAUAGUUCAACCCUUCUUAUCAUCUUUGAGUAAGAAAAAUCAAAGCAUUAAUUAUUCUGCAUGAGUUUUCAUGCAUUCACCAUCGUGUGAAUGCAUCAGAGUUUUUGGCCAAAUUUUCCACAUAAAAUUUAGAGAGUUUUAACGAAAUACUCUUGGUACUCGGUCUUAGCUACGACUUGUAUGAAGGACUGUUCCCAGUUCCUGGUGGGGUUGUCAAUAUGACUGGUCUUAAAGUUCUGUCCCUACAGAUGGACUAUCUACUUAAAUGGCCGUAUGUACAGUUCAACCCUUCUUAUCAUCUUUGAGCAAGAAAAAUCAAAGCUUUAAUUAUUCUGCAUGACUUUUCAUGCAUUCACCAUCGUGUGGAAUAUAUCAGAGUUUUUGGCCAAA